AUGGCGACUAAUAGAAAAGGUUCACGCGAGAGGGUUAUACUAAUUGUUGGUGGGAUUAAGUAUGAAGCCUAUCGAUCUACGUUUACUGCAUACCCACAAACAAGGUUGGGAAUGAUGUUUAGUGAAGAGAAUCAUGCGGCACCACAUUCAAAAAAUGAAAAUGGAAAUGUAUACUAUAUUGAUAGGAAUGGAAGAUUAUUUUAUUGUAUUUUACAAUUUUAUAGAACUGAUGAAGAAUUAGAAUAUUUUAUGAUCCCUCAUUCAAAAAAAUCUAAAUUAUCUCUCCGCAGCAGAACCCUUGCUGCCGAACUUGAUAAUCUCGUAGAUGCUCUUAAAGCAUCACUCAACAAAUUAGCAUUAUAUUUUCAAAAACGUUUCUUAAUGUCAGCUCAUGGAAAAUAUUUGGAAUCUACAUUCCCAGGACUUAGUUGGCAUCUACAAUGGUUAGAACAGUGUAGUGAUGAACUUCAUCCUUCAUCGGUUGAUACAAUGUAUAGAAUGAGAAUGACACUGUGCGAUAAGUUUGAUUACGAAGAUAUUAUUAAUAAUUGCUGUUUAAGUACAGUAGCCACUAAAGAUGAUUAUAAUAAGGAAGAUUUAGAUGACUAUAGUAAGGAAGAUUUAGAUGACUAUAGUAAGGAAGAUUUAGAUGAUUAA